AUGAACGACCCCGAGCGCCGGUGGAGCCUGUCCUUCGCCGGCUGCGGCUUCCUGGGCUUCUACCACGUCGGGGCGACCCACUGCCUGUGCGAGCGCGCGCCGCAGCUGGUGUGCGGGGCGCGCAGGUUCUUCGGGUGCUCCGCGGGGGCGCUGCACUGCGUCAUCUUCCUGUCCCGCGUCCCGCUGGAACGAGUUCUCAUGUGUCUGGUGGACCUUGUGAGGAAGGCCAGGAGUCGGAACAUGGGCACGUUCCACCCCUCCUUCGACAUGACCAAAUGCCUUCGAGACGGGCUCCACGCCGAGCUCCCCCCCAACGUCCACCAGCUGGUCUCUGGCAAGGUGUACAUCUCACUCACCCGGGUGUCUGAUGGCGAGAACGUGCUGGUGUCGGACUUCCAGUCCAAGGAUGAAGUUGUGGAUGCUGUGCUGUGCUCCUGCUUCAUCCCUUUCUUCUCUGGCUUAAUCCCUCCUUCCUUCAGAGGCGUGCGAUAUGUGGACGGAGGACUGAGCAACAACAUGCCUUUCCUGGACUCCAGGUCCACCAUCACGGUGUCACCCUUCUAUGGAGAGUAUGACAUCUGCCCCAAGGUCAAGUCCACCAACUUCCUCUACCUGAACGUCGCCAACCUCAGCCUCCGCGUCUGCGAGGAGAACGUCUACCUCCUGUCCAGAGCACUCUUUCCUCCUGGUCCCAAGGAGAUGGGUGAGCUCUGCUUUCAAGGCUAUGUGGAUGCCUUCCGAUUCCUGGAAGAGAAUGGAAUGGGAGCUGGGCCCCAGCCUGGCCUGAGUUUGUCCCCAGAAGAGAUGGAGCCAGAGGACCAUGGGCCCUGCGUGGAUCAGGGAGGCGUGGAGGGGGAGGAGUCUCUGGACCCCCUGCAGCUCAGCGUCGUGGCCUGGGACGAGGCUGUGUUUGGGAGCCUCUCCCCCAAGCUCACCACAGCCCUGAGUGAAGCCAUGAAGGACAGGGGUGGGUACCUGAGCAGGCUCUUCAACCUGUUACCCGUGCGCAUCCUGUCCUAUGCCCUGCUGCCCUGCACCCUGCCGGUGGAGUCUGCCAUCGCCACUGUCCGCAGACUAGUGACAUGGCUCCCGGAUCUGCCCGAGGACAUCCCGUGGCUGCACUGGGCCACUUCCCAGGUCUGCGCUCGAGCCACCACAUGCCUGCUCCCUUCUUUCAGGUAA